AUCCCUUCAUCCCUGAUCUCCUUCAUCCCCUUCAAUCCUCAUCUGUUCCUCACAGGAGGACGGGAGAGAGAAAGGGAGAGUUUUCACAGGUUGUCUGCAGCCAGUCUGUGGGUGAAAGCGUAAGAGGAAAGAGAGAGAGAGAUAAGGGUAGCAGGGCUGACUUGAGUAUUGUGGAACAUAAAAAGCUGCUCCAAAGGGCUACUGAGGCAGAAAAGCCCAAAAAGAGGAAGGACCACGUUUUGUUUGGAAAGUCUGCUAUUUUUUUUCUCCAGCGGUAACAGCCCCUAUCAACCGUUGCCAUGGGUGAAAUGGACACGUUGAAAAAGGAGGCCGAUGGUCUGAGGGCGCAGAUUGAAGCAGCCCGCAAGGCGGUUAAUGACACCACCAUGGCCACUCUAGCAUCUGGUGUGGCGGCUGCACCUCGUGUUCAGCUGAAAAACAGAAAGACAUUGAAGGGCCACUUGGCCAAAAUCUACGGCUUGCACUGGUCCGCGGAUAACAGGCACAUGGUCAGUGCCUCACAGGAUGGCAAGCUUCUUAUUUGGGACACCUACACUGGCAACAAGGUAUAUGCCGUCCCCCUCAAGUCCUCCUGGGUAAUGAGUUGCUCCAUGGCCCCUUCUGGCAAUCUGGUGGCUAGUGGAGGUCUGGAUAACAUGUGCACCAUCGUCAACAUCAAGGCUGCCAGCCCAAAGACCCUCAGGGAGCUGGACGCACAUGAAGGCUACCUUUCUCACAGCCGCUUCCUGAGCGACAGUGAGAUCCUCACUGCAUCCGGUGACACCACUUGUUGCCUGUGGGAUCUGGAGACUGGCAAGCAGAAGGUGGUCUACACGAGCCACGUGGGUGACUGUAUGUGCCUGGCCGUGUCUCCAGACCAGAACACUUUCAUCUCAGGGGCGUGUGACUCCAGCGCCAAGCUGUGGGACGUAAGAGAUGGUGGCUGCAAGCAGACCUUCAUCGGCCACACGAGUGACAUUAACGCCAUUGCGUUCUACCCUAGUGGCACUGCAGUUAUCACAGGUUCCGAUGACUGCACCCUCAAGAUGUACGACCUCCGUGCUGACCAAGAGGUCAAUGGCUACCAGGACGCUGCGUUGAAUGCUGGCGUCACGUCAGUCUCCCUCUCCAGCUCAGGACGCCUCAUCUUCGCCGGCUACGACAACUUCAACUGCAACAUCUGGGAUUCUCUGAAAGCUGAGAAAGUUGGUGUUCUGUCUGGCCAUGACAACAGAGUGAGCUGCAUUGGGGUGCCAGAUGAUGGAUUGGGUAUCUGCACAGGAUCCUGGGAUAGCUUCCUAAAGAUUUGGAACUGAGCUGGUCCUCCAGAGGUGACAUUGGGAAAGAGAGAGGGGGACACAGGGA